UCACAAGUAAAAAAUCCAGUUUUCGAUAAAUGCGCGUGUUGAAAUGUUGUUCUUGCCGAGUGUUGUCGAAUUUGUUGUGAUUUAUCUAAUAUUCGGAAACUAAAAUAAUUUAUUCAAAAUAACAGAAAUUCCAAUACGAGUCUCCAAAUUAAUCGCGUUGUUGUCCCUUAAAAUAGUGUUAUAUCCAUAAUUCAUUCGCGAUAACUUGACGUAGUUUGACAUAUCGGUUUCGCAAGUACGAAGGUGUUUUAUUUGUGUACGUUGUGGAAAAUAUCCACGGGAAUUGGAAAUAGAUGUGCAGUGCUGCUUGUUGAUAUCUUUUAGUGCGAAAUCUGUGAAGUGUGAGUUGUGUUAAUUGGUGACGGGUUCACGUGAACGUUUACCUAUUGUGUAAUUUUGUGUUGUAUCCUGUGUUUGUUUUCUGAGCUCGUUUUCUGAGCCAUGUUGGCUCAUCGUCAGAGUUAUACUGUUUUACCGCAGGAAACACGAAUGAAGUCGCAAGUCGUCCUGGUAUCAUAAUGGGGAAUAUAUCGCAGGGUAGGCAGUGCAGCUUCGCCACCCGCCAUGUUCCGACCGGAGUCUCCGCUUGCUGACCACCGCAGCCUGCUGCCGCGGCGGCUGCUGCCGGUCAAGGCCCAGAUAGCACCCGCAGACAAGAGGAAAAACCGACGCUCGUUAGAACUCAACCCACCCAACGACCACGCCGCUUACGACUACCCGAAACUCCUCAUAUCCAAAACUACAGAAUCCCUCAACUCUGAAUGUCCAAGGAAAUUGAUCAACAAGCAGGAUUCCUCUGACAGUCUCAAACGAGCGUUGCUGUCCAAAGAUGAGAAGAAAGAGGAUAAGAAAGCUCAGAUCUCGAAGCAAGACUCAAGCGAGAGUUUGAAGAAGUUGCUUUGUCGUCAAGAGUCGAACGAGAGCGCGAAGAGAAGGGAUUCUGAUCCUAAAAGGGUGCAGAAUCAGGAUGUGAAGAGGGUAGCGGAGGUGAAGAGGGGUAGUGAUAAGAAGGGGUUGUUGGAGACUGAUUGCGAUGAGCCAAUCAAGAGGAUAUAUGAGAGGCGGACGGGUUGCGCCCGGCCGACUUUGCCUCCUGUUGCGGAGAAGGGCGCUGUUUCUCCGAGUUCCCCUAAUGGCAGCCCUAGUGCUCCAAGUGUGGCUGCUGUGGCCGAGGGUCUCGUGAGAUGGGGCAGUGGACUGCUGUCUCCGAAAGACGAGCCGAGACUGAGGGCAGCCAGGAGUUGGUACGGCUAUGGAACCCUGCCCACUGAUAGCGAAAAGGUGGGCGGCGGCACCGGUCCAGGGGGUCGUCGUGCCCUGGAGCUGAUCCUCAGCGGAGGCCUGAAGUCUCUGACUCGGCCCGCCAAGCCUGUCCGCAGGGCUGCGUCGCGGGACUCUGUGCUCGCCCAGCCGCAGCCGUUGUUAGAGGGUCUGAGGAAGUGCUCCACGGUCCUCGCCCUGACGGACCGCGAGAAAGCGCCAGAGCCCAUCAGAGCCCACAACCGGCUGCGGGCGCCUUCUGUCUGCUCCCGGUGCUCAUCGCUGCUGUCCCUGGCUGGCGGUGGCUCCAGGUAUUCCCUGGACGGCGCCGGCGGCGGUUUCGUUCCAGCCGCUCCAAUCAACUGCAAGCUGUGUCUAGAAGACGCCACAGCCGACAAGGUCACCGUCAUCUCCGGUUGCGGCUGCCAGUUCUGUACCAAGUGCAUGGCGGCCUACGUGGAGUUUGAAGUGUGCAACGGCGCGUACGAGGUGUCCUGUCCGGACGCGAGAUGUCGUGUCGGCGCUGCGCUCUCAUUGGACGAAAUAUCGGCGCUUCUCGAGCCUAGUGUCAUGGAGAAGCACAAAAAGUUUCGGCUCAACCACGAAGUGGCGAUGGACUCUGGUCGUGCCUUCUGUCCCCGUGUGGGCUGCGACACAGUGGUGACCGUGAACGCGGCCAGCCCAGCCCACUGCCCCACCUGCAGGCACGACUUCUGCUCACAGUGCAAUCAGGAGUGGCACGGCGGGCUUACGUGCGAAGCGGCCGCCGCAUCCUCCUCGUCGGGCCUGGGCGCGCCGCUGCUGCCGUCCUCCGAGCUGAUCAAGCUGUGCCCGAUGUGCCGCGUGCCCAUCGAGAAGGACGAGGGCUGCGCGCAGAUGAUGUGCAAGCGUUGCAAACACGUGUUCUGCUGGUACUGCCUCGCCUCGCUCGACGACGACUUCCUCCUACGUCAUUACGACAAGGGCCCCUGUAAGAACAAAUUGGGACACUCCCGCGCAUCUGUGUUGUGGCAUCGCGCACAGGUGGUCGGCAUAUUCGCUGGGUUCGGCCUGUUGUUGCUGGUGGCCAGUCCGUUACUGUUGCUGGCGGCUCCGUGCAUCGUCUGCUGCAAGUGCAGACUAUGUAAUCCCAGCACAAAAAACUUGGAAGAAGUGGACGAGAUCGACAGCAUCAGCCCUCGUGACGAGGAAGACGUGCGCGCGCGCUACCUCGCCGACUGACGGUUCUAGAUUCGUUUUGUUUGCCCGCCAUUUUGUUUGUAGCCGCCAUUUUGACGAUAGCAUGCGCUUACUACGAGCAAAUAAGAGGAUUCACUAAAGAUCAGCUGUUACAUAAUUCAAGGGUUAACUGAUCGGUUCUACGUCACUUUUAUUUGCGGUUAAAGUUUAUGCUGUCAUCUAGACAUGUAAAGAGCGCGUACUAAAUUUAGAUUCAGUCAAAUGGCAAUACCGCGGCGAAUUCUGGGAAUCGAGGCUUCCAAUUUGUUGUGUUAAAAUUAUUUUGACGAUAAUAUUUAGGUAACUGUAAAUCAUUAUGUUAGUAAAUCGGCUAAUAUGAUAAAACGGCACCCAGAAAGUCCAAUGAUUCCACUGAAAUCCCGUGGUUUCGAUCAAGAACAAAAUUUUGACCGAAUACGAACUACGAACAGAUAGUCGACAGCACAUGAACCAACCACACAUUGCAAAAUCGCUCCUAUUACCGCUUUAUAGAGGUCUAUGCUCUAACUUGGCAUGCGGUUUGUGCAUGCAAAUUUGUAACAGGUCGGUCCAUUGUUUUGUCGAUUUGCAAUGCGAACUUCUAUUACCUAUCUCAAUUACAAAUGAGAAUGACUGUUUGCAAGUUUUGUUCAGUCGGCUAAAUGUCACGGUCAAAUGUAAUUUAUCGAAGCAAAUAUUACUUAAAUAAUUGACGAAGAUUCAGUACCUCGCAGUGAAGGUUGGGGCUAUUAAUUGAAAGUAACUCGAUUCGAGAAAAAGAUUCAUCAAAUUGUGACUAGGUUGUGCGAUAUAUGUGGGUCAGUUGACUGAAUGUUAAACACCAAGGUUAUAAACGAUGUUGUUGCUUAUAAGAAAGUUGUAAAAUUCGAUUUUCCUUUGUCUAAUAAAGCUGAUUUUUAUGACUAUGGCGAAAAUUUGUAGUCCAAAAUUAUGGAAAAGUAUAAUAGACAUGAGAAUGUGACUUAUUUAAAAUGAAACAAGUGAUGUUAUCGAAACUCCGUAGAUACUUGUAUAGAAUUAUUUUUGUCGAUAAUAAUAUGCAUUUUCACGUCGUGUCGUUGGAAAGUGUCGACAUACGAAGACGCAAAUUCACAAAUUCUAUGGUAAAAUAUUUUUUAACAAAUCUAUACCUAUAUGAAUGUUGAAUGUCUUAUAAUAUUGUGAACAUUAUACCUCUUGUUCGUAAAAAAGGUACUUUUUUUUAGUAUGUUAUAACGUUUUGUUCCUAUAUUAAAGCUAUAUUUUACGUAUAUGCACUGGCUUUAUGGGAGGAUAAGGAUAAUGGGACCCAUCGCGCAGGCCCAAUGCGGAUUGGCGGGUCUUACGACGGCAAUUACAGCUGGGACCAUCGUCUUACACACGUACUUUACUUACUACGUACCUUUCGAAGCACGGAGAAGCUCUAGAUAUACAUUUUCAUGAAUCGGAACAGUCAAUUGCGAAAAUUUCAUAACCACAUUCUCCCAGGUUGAUCCACUGCCUCACUUUACAAGAUUUGACAUUGACAGAAUGGUAUAAAACAUAAGUAUUACAAAAUUGAGUUCGACUUUUUUACGAAUAAGAGGGGAUAGUAAUAAUUAAAAUUAAAAUAGAGUAGCAGUAAAUUGUUGCCAGGCGGGAAAUAGGGUAACUAAAUAUUGUGUGAUUCACUUCAUUAAGUUAUUAUUAAAUACACACUUGGGACUGAAAAAAAUGGCAGAGACUGAUGAAUGUAUCGGAGUGAGUGCCAAUAUUUCAUGUCAUUUUUCUGACUCGAUGAAAACAAAAUUCUUUGUGUAACACGCUUUAUUGUUGUGAAAACUUAACAGUUGCGUAACUUAUUUUCUGAAACACCGAAAAAAAAUUUAACAACGAAUUGACAUGAAAAAGAAACUAGGACUUUAUGUUAUGUAAAAAUGGCUGAUUUUUCAAAUGGGUUUAAUUUGACAUUCACAAAAUAGCAGUGAAAUUUUUUAUUUUCUAAGGUAAGAUUUGACUGCGUCCUAUUUUUGAAAAAUUGAAAAAUAAAUUA